GGAAAUGCAGGUUUUGAAUUUCUUGUUGAUUCAUCCUCAACACUUCAUUACCCAUCCUGGGUCUGUCUAAGCCAUGAAAAUCAUACAGACUCCGUGUUCUGUCUUCACCAAUGGCAACGUCACAGUCGGUUGGAGUCACCUCCCUUCCUUAUAUCAACACUGUGAAGCCAGUGAGUACUGAUGUUGUACCACUGUAUACAAGCACUGAACCAGUCAGUUUGCCUGGAACUGGUGGCUCAGUGUCAGAAAUAAGAGGCCCAUCUGAUCCAAAGGUUAGUAAGUUUUUCUGAAUGGCAGUGUGCAAAGAAAGUCAUGUCUGAUAACUUGGGGCUAGUGGAUUGUGUGAUUGGGGCUAGUGAAUUCUGUUCUUAAUUUGCCUGACAGGCAAGUGAAGAUUUUUGGUGAAAUUGAAAUUAAAAGAUACUAAGGUAGAUUAUUCAGUCAGAGGCUUGAAAGAAGCAACCCAGUACUCCCAUUGGGAGUCAAACCUAUGACCUUGUGGUUACUAGUUCAGAUGCUCUACUACUAAGCUACAUGAGACUCUUGUGAGCUAAGGCUACUAAACUAGGUUCAUGUGACAAACAUAUUCAAUAUCAUGUGACUAGAAUAAUAUUGAUAUGUGAUAGAAAUGUGAUGGCGAAUUCGAGGCCUGGUAUGUAUGGUACAGGUCAAAAUUAAAUUCAGGUAAAUGGUUGAUUCUCAGAUAUUAGAGCUGGGAGACAAAAAAAUUGAGAACCAACCUAGCUUGAAAAAUUUUAACCUGAAUUUAAUUUUGACCUGUAUCAAAUAUACGAGAAAGGUGUUUAUUCACUCAGUGACACAGGCAGCUCUGAAAAAAAAUCUGAGUGCUUCCAAUAGGAGUAGAACUAUGACCUUCUGGUUACCAGACCAAUAUUCUCCAUAAGUCCACUAAACUAGGUUCUCCCACAAAUCUUAUUAGCUCUGUGACAGAAUUUGCUUUUUGUAGUGUGGUUGUUUUUCAGGCAAAUGUUAUGCCACACCCUCCUCUGAGAUCUCGCCCAACAAGUGCUGGUGCUACCAGGACGCGACCCAGCUCUACCGGCAGAGAAAGGAUACCUGGUCCUCCUGUUGCUAGAGGUAACUAUCAUCAUCAUCGACAUUAUCAUCAUUAUUAUCAUCCGGCCUUUUCAGUUGGAAUGCUGUGAAUAAUUAUCUUAUUCCAUGCAUUCCAGUCUGACAUCGUGCUCGCAAGGUCCUCCCUGUUAAUUCUGGAAUUUUUCAAGAUCAGAUCGGUGAAUGAACACGGCCACUUAAUUUUUUUCCGUAGAAGAAGGGAUUGAAUGAUCGCCCCCUAAAACUAUAAUAUACAAUAUUACAUGAUGGUGCAAAAUAAAGGGGAAAGAAGUAAAUAAAAAAAAUGUUUAAGUGAAGGUGAGCAGCCAAAGAAGAAUAUUACAUUUCCGUUAGCAAGAAGUUUAAGGUGAUAAGUCCAAAAGUAAGAAAUGAGAGGAAAUGGGGUUUUCAGGAGAAUGUUCACCAAAAACGGUACACUGCCCUGUAUACUAUUUAGGAGUAGACUAAUCAAGUUGGACAUUUUUUAUUAAAAGUGAAUUUCUGAAUAUGACUGGACUAGUCUGGCUGGUCUGCAGUUCUGAUGGAGUUAAAUUUACAAAGAUUUGUUUAUUUUGUUGCUUAUAUGCUUCAUUUGCAGUGGAUUUUCAUGGUUUAUUUAAGACCAUUUUUAAAAUGAAAUCCUUGCAGCAAUUUUUUGGUGGCUUUUACGACAUUUUACCUCAUUCUCAUAUGAAUGUGAGAAUUUUGACAAAAAAACAUAGCAUGGAAUAAUGACAAUUACAUGUAUGCAGUAGUAUUAGUAGUCACCAGAGAUUGAAAUCAAACUGCUUAUGUUUCUUUAAAAUUGUAUGCUAACAUCAAGGGCGCUGUAAAAUCUCUGUGAUACUUUCCUCUAAAGCAUUCAUAGGCGGGAGAGGACAGGGGUUAGGGAGCUCAGAAGGAUAGGCAGCAGGAGGGAUAUGGUUGGGGGGGGAUAGGGAGCACGAAGGAUAGGCAGCAGGGAGGGAUAUGAGGGGGGGGGUAGGGAGCACAGAAGGAUAGGCUGCAGGAGGGAUGUGAGUGAGAAGGGGGGGUAGGGAGCCCAGAAGGAUAGGCAGCAGGAGUGAUAUGAGUUGGGGGGGUAGGGAGCACAGAAGAAUAGGCUGCGGGAGGGAUGUGAGUGAGAAGGGGGGUAGGGAGCCCAGAAGGAUAGGCAGCAGAAGGGAUAUGAGUGGGGGGGGGGGGUAGGGAGCCCAAAAGGAUAGGCUGUAGGAGGGAUAUGAGUGGUCGGAGUUCUAAAAGUGCUGGAAGCCAGAGCUUGCGUGUAAUAUUUUGCAAUUGAAAAAAGUCUAAAGGGAGGAAGCCCGGUACUCCCUUUUAAAAGCCAUAUAGGUAUGUACUGCCUCAAAGGGGAGGGUUAUUGGGCCGUUUCAGUCUGAAAAGGGGUAUUGACUUUGCACAUUUUGGUCUGGCAUCAAGAAUAAUGGUUUUCAAGGGAACUACAGGGGUAUAUGAACAUGUUUGUCAUUUCAGUUACAAAUGAACAAGAAAGCAAGAUAAUAUGCGAAUUUGAAGUGGAUUUUAAACAAAUCUAAGUAAUUUUAGGUCUGAAAACGGGUCUGGCUUUUGGAGAGGAGGUCUGAAAAUGGGUGUGGACAAUGAAAUUUUUUGGUCAGAAAUAGCGUUAGGAUCCUCACCAAGAUUUCCCAAAAAUACCCCACCGGGGGAGGAAGGCAAGAAAAAAGGGGCAGGGGCCAGUAAUGCAAGGUAUGGGAGGUAGGAAGUUUACACCCCCUCCUGUCCCCCCUGAUAAUAAUACUGAGACUUUCAUGUGAAUUGUCUCCUUAAUUUACAGGUGGAUGGAUUAAUGGUCCAGUGCAGAUAACAGGGGAGCAAAGCAUUGAAGAUCUGGUAAGCUUCUUUGAGCUGCAGUGAAAUUUGUUGUCUCAAAACCUUCUUUUAGUGGAGGGUUGAUGGUAUGUAAGCUGGGGAGCCAAGCCGGGGGGGGUACUCCCUAUGAUGACCUAUGCGGGGAGGCUCAGCCCAAAAGGGGUUUGUUGUUCAGGCUUCAGGUAUAUAAAAGGUAGGGAUUUCACUGGUUAAAGUGUAUAAAAGGGUAGGGGUAAUCUGUCAUUUGGGUCUGUGAAUGGGCCCAAAAGAUCUAACAGAUGAAUUUUAUGGCUUUAUGAAGUCGACAAAACGUUCUGUUUUUGUGAUUGAUACCUAUUCAAAAGACAGUGCAGUUGAAAGGGGUGCAAGCAUCUAAACAAGGUACAUGCGAAAGCGGUACCAUUUGUCAAUAGAGGGUAUACGAAAGGGGUACCUUUUUCGUGAAAAAUAGUACAUAAAAAGGUAAGGGGUUGGACCUCGGAGUAGAGCCUCCCUGUAUAUACAUUCGUUCAGUACCUUCCCGCCCCGGAAGCCAAGUCCUUGUGUGGAGCUAUGAGGUAUUUGGAACGGUUUUUGGGGAGGGCGCGGAUGCCACAGAAAUAUUAUGCUGCCUGGUAGGCUCAUUUAUCGUUUAAAAUUGUCUCACAAAAGUCUUUGUCAUUGAUUGCUUUGUUUAAAAUUUAAAAUUCGUUUAAAAUUGUCUCACAGAAGUCUUUUCCAUCGACUGCAUACUGCUGGUCACUCAGGUGAUGGUGUUGAGUUAGGACCCUGAAUAAUGUUAGUAAUGUAUAUCGUAAUUGCUUCAGCUUGGUGCAUUAUGGAAGCCGCAAUGCAUGCUGAAUAUUUUUCAAUACAAUGGUUCAGCAAGGAUCUUUUCUGACCUUGAAAUUUAUCACUUUUUGCAUCGUAUAGGGUUCUCAAUUGUAAUGUAAAAACAAUUGAAUAAAUUUUGUCUGCUUACUUUUCCGACCAAAUACCCUUGGAACUUGUUGUGUCACAACUUACCAAAUCUUAUCCUUAUCUUGACUAUCUUGUGUCACAGUUUGUUUUGUUUUUGUUUUUAUUUUUAUUUUCUCCAGGACGAACGUCUGUGA